UCUGUAUGAAAUUAAGUUAAACUCCAAACACUAAAGUGUCUAGAAUGGAUGAUACAUUUUCAACUGAUAUACAUAAUAUGUGUUAUAGUAGAGUAAAUAUCCUCACCAGUGAAGUAGAGAAGCUAACAGAUGUAUUAGGAACAGCCUCUUAAGAAAUGGAAGUUCUUAAAGAACAUAAUCUCGAUUUGUAAAAUUAAUUAACUGAGAUGGAACAUUCAAAUUAAAUUGUAUUUCUAAUCUAUAUGAUUAGCUCAAUUAAGAGUUUAAUAAUAUUUGUGAAAGAUUAAAAUAAAAAAGCAUCGAAUCAGAAGAGUAUGCCUUUCAGGUUUAAAAGUUGACUCUAUAAAAAUAAGUAUAAAAUCAAAGUUAUAUAAUAGGAACUAACUCAAAAUUUAAACAAGGUUCUAAAUGAACUGGAACAAAUAAAUUAAGUGAUUGAUAUAAAGGAUCAGAUUAUUUAAUCUGGAAAAUAAUAAUUUAUUGCUAAAUCAGAAGAGUUAUAAUAAAGUUUGUAAUAAACUUAUCAUUUGGAUUAAGCAUUAAAGGUUUUAAAGGAAGAGAAAUUAAAAUAUAUUUAUGAAUAUUAAUAGCUAUAAAAAUUAUUUGAGGAGCAAAAUUAAUAAAUAAAGGAAUUAGAUGAAUAUCGAAUUGCUUAUGAGAAUUUAAAAGUAGAUUUAAAUAUUUUAAGAACCAAUUAUUCAAAUUUAUUGAACUAAAAAUUAGAAGAAAAAAAAGAAUUAGAAUCUCAAAUUGAUGUAUUAAGGGAUAUGCAUAGUUAUACAAUAGAAGAUGCAUAAUUAAAAUAUGCUGUAUUUUAAAUAAUGUUAUAUUAAUUUAGGAUUAAAUAAAAUAAGAAAUAGAAUCAUUCAAAUUAUAAUAUGACGAAUAGUAUAAAUUUGAAAGAAUGACAUAUGAAUCAACAAUAGAUUAAUUAAAGAAUUAAGUGAGUACACUUUAAUUACAAUUAUAAAAUGCAGAAAUUUUAAUUAACACUCAUAAAUAGAAUUUAAUGAAUUAAGCAUAAUUGAGUAUGUUUGAGAAAAGUAAUUAGGUAAGUGAAUUAAAGGCAUAAAAUUAUGUUUUAUAAGAAUCACUAAGAACAGCAAAUAGAGAAUUGAUUGAAUUGAAAUAAUAAAUGGAAAAUGGAACAAUAAUAAGAUUUGAUGAAGAAGUGAAGAAAUAGAUUGAGUAUAAAUUAGAUUUAUGUUAACAAUUACAAAAAGAGAAGGAAGAUAUUUUAAAAGAGAAUGAAUAAUUAAGUAGAGAAAAUAGAUUAUUAAAAGAGAAUAAUCAAUUAAUGUAGUAACAAUUAUCUCAAUAAUAAUCAAAUACAAGUUAAUUACCAUAAUCUAUACUUUUAAGUUAAAUAUCACCAUCAGGUAUUAAAUGAUAUUAUUAAAUUUUAAUAAGGUUUUUCAUCUGCAUAAAAGAUUAAUGACAGUGAAAAAAUAAAAUAUUUAUUGAAGGCUGUUGAAUAAUUAUAAAAUGCUAUAAAAGAUAGAGAUCUAGAGAUUACAAAAUUAUCAUAAAUGGCUAGUACAAAUGUUGGAUAGUCAUCAAUGAUUAACAAACCAAAUUCAAGAGUGCGAUUUUAUCAUCUUCAUUCAGAUGAUAUAAAUUCAUUUGAUAAAUAAUUAUGA